GGAGCGUCCCGGCGAGCGAGCCCUAGAGCGGCGAGGACCGGAUCCGCUCUGAGGUCCAGCCUCAGAGCGAGGCUGAGGCGACGGAGCAGGAAGAGUCAGAGUCGGCGGAGGACGCUGCCGGCUCGGGGGUCGGUGAGAUGCCUCCGGGAGAUUUGGGGCCCCUGGGAAGCCUCGGGGUGGACGGCGACGCCGCGUGGACGGCAGCCGAGCCCGCUCCAGAGGCGGCCAGCCCGCCGGAGCGGAGCACGAGCCCACUCCCGACAGAGCAGCGGGGCACGAGCUCGCUCCCGACAGAACAGCGGGGCACGAGCUCGCUCCCGACAGAAGAGCGGGACGCGAGCCCGCCUCCAACAGAACAACGGGGCACGAACCCGCCCCCGACAGAACAGCGGGGCACAAGCCCGCCCCCAACAGAACAGCGGAGCACGAGCUCGCUCCCGACAGAAGAGCGGAGCACGAGCUCGCUCCCGACAGAACAGCGGGGCACGAGUUCGCUCCCGACAGAAGAGCAGGGUGCGAGACCGCUCCCAACAGAACAACGGAGCACGAGCCCGCCACCGACAAAACAGCGGAGCACGAGCUUUCUCCCGACAGAACAGCGUGACGCCAGCUCGCUCCCAACAGAAGAGCGGGGCACGAGCCCACUCCCGACAGAAGAGCGGGCCACAAGUUCACCCGCGACAGAACAGCGGGACACGAUCCCGCUCCCGACGGAAGAGCGGGACACGACCCUGCCCCCGACGGAACAACGGGACACGACCCCGCUGCCGACAGAACAGCGGGGCUUGACCCCGCUCCCGACAGAGGAGCGGGGCCGGGGCAGCUCCAACAGCUGCAGCCAGCAGAUCGAGGAAAUGCGCGAGACUCUGGAGCGGCUGGACGUGCACGAGAGCACGCUGGUCAUCAGGGGAGCGGGCAAGCACGGUACCGAAUUCCGGGAGGCGAUGGUGGACAAGGGUGACUCGGAGGCAGCAGUGCUGAGCGGCAAGAAGGACAUCUUUCGGCGCCUCAGGGACCUCAACUGCUCGCGCGACACGGACAAGCUACAGGCGCUGUGGUGCGAGACACACCACCUGCUGUCGGACCCGGGCUGGGCAGAGCUGCUGCGUGAGAAGAACCACUGCCAGCGAGUGGGAAGUGGCGCUGGAACCAUGCAGACGGACGCCCUGUCUGCCCAAUGCCUCUGCCGCACCCGCUUCUCCUGCUGGUUUCACGUAUGGGCCAUCAUCUCCGGCAUUUUCCUUUUGAUUUUCGCCACUCGCUGGAUUUGCAGCAAUGCAUGGAGCGCUAUCCGAUGGUGCUGUCGCCUACCGGCGUACUGCAGACUCUCCAGCACCAUGAAGGCCGUGCAUUAUGUGAACUAUGGCAUGGACAAGAAAUCGUGGGACUCGCGGUCGGCCUGCUCGGAGCAGAUCAAGUCGACCAUAGAGCUGAGCCUGAGUCAGCUGUUCAGCCGGUGUGACGUCUCGCUGCUGAUGGUGGGCAGUCUGAGCUCUCGGCUGGGCAAGUCGCUGUGCGCCCGUCCGGAGGCGGAGGACUCGCUGCAGGAGUACCGGCUGACGCGGCCGGUGCUCGGCACAGACGCCGAUUUCAUGGUGGUGCUGCAGGUGCCCGUGGCGCCGGCCGACGCCGGCGGUCGCCAGCUCUCCUGGCAUGACUUGGAGGGCGUCUCGCCGUACCACACCAUCUCGUUCAGCGGGUUCCCACAGCCUCAUCCGGCCCCCUUCAUGCCCGCGGCACGGACCUGCGGCGGCGCGUCAGCCCGCGGGGCCACGCCUCGCGAUCCGCCGGGGCUGGAGGUGAUGGAGCGCGCCGCCGGCCCAAGGCGCGCCGACCCCCGGCUGCUCUCUCGCCAGUGCUCGAUCGACUACACGCUGCCCGAGCUGGAUGAGGACGAGCCGCCGCCGCUGGCCGAGCCCCGGGAGGCGGGCGAGCAGUGUGAGAUGCUGGUGCGGCCGCCGCCAGAGGGCGCCAUCGAGCCACAGGCCAUACAAAGGUCGGCCAGCUGCAGCACGGUCCGGCUGCGGCGGCAGCUGACAACGCUGGAGGUGACCAACAGCGCCGCCACGCCGCCGGGCUUCGCUCGCGUGCAGCUGCUGCUGGAGCGGGUGCUGCCCGAGGACCGACGUUGGUGGCAGGAGCGGCUCAGCGAGACGAGCGGCGACGGCGCCGUCUACCUCUCCAGCCUGAAGGCACGCCGCCUGAUGGAGGAGAUGUUCGGCUCGCUACAGCUCGCCAUAGAACAGGACCGCAGCGACAUGUCCAUCGUGGACAGCUGUCUGGCGGACUACCGAGGCGUGCCCAGCUACGAGAAAGAGGUGCGGGCACGAGGUCCUGCCAUCAUGCUGAAGCUGACCCAGCGCGAUGACCGUGCGUUCGCCCGGCUGACCUGUCUCCAGAACAGCUGCUGCUACUGGCUGUGCCUCUGCUUCGUCGUCGUCAUGCUCAUCCCGUUCUCACUCUGGAUCUUCCUCACGGGAGGAUCUUGGCCGGUGCGCAAGUGUAUCGGCGGUGCCUGCUGCUCCAUCUACUACUGCGUGACGCUGCUGCUGCCGAUGGUGCUGGUGCUACCGGUCACGAUGCUGGUGCUGAUGCUGUCUGGGCCAGGCCAGCCGUCGGACAACGUGUACGUGGUCGCCAUGAUCGCCUACCUGGUCGUAUCGGCCUGCUUCGCGUCCGUCUUCGUGUGCGUGUCGCAGUGCUUCUUCAAGCUGCCCACCAUCUUCUACGGCGACUUUGUGACGGCACUCGUCUGUCCUGUCUGGCCCAUACAAGCACGCGAGUUCAAAACCAGGACACGUCUGUGGCCGUCGCGCAACGUGGUGGACACGGUGGUGCGAUGCGGCUGCCACCUGGUGCCCAAGUCUGCCAUCACGUGCGCGUGUGUGGACGUGCGCGGGGAGGCGCCCUGCCAGGAGGCCCACCUGCUCUGGCGCUACUCCUUCUCACAGGCGGAGGUCACCCUCAGCAAAAACAUACCGGAGCACUACCGGCGGGCUUACCUGACGCUCAAGUGGCUUGUCAAGAAGUACAUCAUGCAGGCCGACUGCCCGACGACUGUCAACAACAGCAACUUCCGCUCCUACUACCUUAAGACGGUGCUGUACUGGGAGCUGGAUCAGGCCGGGGUGCUGGAGUGUACUGACGGCGUGGAGGAGGUGUUGCUGCAUCGGCUGGCACUGCGGCUGCAGCGCUACAUUCGGCAGCGCUACCUGUCGCACUUCUUCAUCCCUGAGGUCAACUUGCUGCUCGAGCUGACAGACGUCGAGUUUGACAGGAUCGACCGCCUGCUGAACCAGGUGCUGGAGAACCCGGCGCGGCUGAUCAAGAGGCGAGAGCUGACGGUCACUUUCUACGCCAUCGCGCUGUGCGAGAGCCUCUUCUGCACGCCGGGUCGGGACUACCGGAGCGAGCUCUGCUUCAACUACGCCUCCCGACUGCACCAAGUGUGGUGAGCUCGUCCAGCAGCGCUGUCUAACUGCACGGCACCUGGCGAGCUCGUCUGGCAACGCUGUCUGGCUGCGCUGCCCCUGGUGAGCUCGUCUGGCAGCGCUGUCUGACUGCACGGCACCUGGCGAGCUCGUCUGGCAAUACCGGCGGACAGCACCACGUCUGACCACGUCAUCUGUCGCGGAUCGGCAGACUGCAUCCGUUGAAGUCGUCUGGCAACACCGGCAUCUGCGACGCAUCAUGGUCGCUCAGCUGACCUGCCCGCUCCAGACGUGUGAUCCACCGCAGACCGCGCGAGCUGGCCGUGAUCUCUGGCAUCUGGACGACAUUCUGGCCUGACCUGCCCGCUCCAGCCGCGUGAUCCACCGCAGACCGCGCGAGCUGGCCGUGAUCUCUGGCAUCUGGACGACAUUCUGGCCUGACCUGCCCGCUCCAGCCGCGUGAUCCACCGCAGACCGCGCGAGCUGGCCGUGAUCUCUGGCAUCUGGACGACAUUCUGGCCUGACGUUUGUCCAGUGUGCUGAUGGUUCCUUCCAUUAAGAUUAGUUGCAGCUUUUGUGUGGCCCAGAUUUAGUGUAAAUGCGGACGGCAUUUUGAGCUGGUAGUACAAAACAGGAGCUUUCUGACAAAACGUCUUCGGAAACAGUAGCCGAUAUACGUUAUAACGUGUAUCAUUGAUGCUGUAACCACAGUGCACAACGCAGAAUUUGACAUUGUAAGCCCAGUGCACAACGCUGGACCUAGCGCGAGUCCACCAUCCCAGCUCUCCUAGCCGUGUAUCUGUCAAAACACGAUCAAGCUGUUGUGCAAUGAGAAGGCAUCAGUGUCAUGUGAAGCCUGUUUGACUCUCGCCUGGGUGUUCUGCACUCGCAUUCGGUCGCCAUGUGCGCGGCUGGUGCACGGCCGGUCUGAGCUAUUAGCUUGGUGUUGUCAGCACCGAAGUGACCCGGCGUGGGGGCAGUGGUGCACCAGGCUGCGCGGCACGCGGGUGGUUUUAUUGGUUUA